AUGGACCCGGUUGCAUCUGGGACCAAGCAAUCGAAACUUUCCGUUUUUGGACCUACAUCAUGUGAUGUGUGCGCAUGUGAUGAUCUGAUGUGCGGCCCGCACUCAGUGUCUCCGCCUCUCAUCAAUCUGGAAGCGGAAGCUUCAGAACUCAAAGCUCUGACAUCUUUCUUAUAUUCUCCCGUCAUCAUUUCCUCACCGACAAUUGAUCCAUCAUUUCUAUCCAUCAAUGCCACUAUGGUCAUCCUACCAACUCUUCCUUUCUGGAUCCAUUUCAUAAUCGAAACUCCCGCGUCUCUCAAUUUCUUCUUCAAUCCAUCAGAACAGCUCUCCGCACCAGCACCUCAAGCUCAUCCUGUCAUCGCGCAAUAUGCGGUUCUCUUAUUUACGUCAAAUCUCAUUGCGCUCAUAUUUGCCAUUCGUCCCGUCGACAACACCAGCAAACUCGUAGCCGCUGCUCUGGCUGUCUACCAUUUGGCUCCUCUGGUUCGAGCUGUGAGUCGAGUCACGAGCAAAAAGAAGUCUUAUGGGAAAGGCCUUGGGGGACCCUGGGUCCAUCUUGGAGUUCACAGCACUUGCAUUCUUGCCCUUUUAGCAUUAUCUCUUACAUGA